GGCGCCUCCCGCCCGCCCUCCUGGCCGCCGAGCCCGCCCAGGCCUUUCGCGAACAUGGCGCUUGUCCCCUGCCAGGUGCUGCGGGUGGCCAUCCUGCUGUCCUACUGCUCUAUCUUGUGCAACUACAAAGCUAUCGAAAUGCCCUCGCAUCAGACCUACGGAGGGAGCUGGAAAUUCCUGACGUUCAUUGAUCUGGUUAUCCAAGCUGUCUUUUUUGGCAUCUGUGUGCUGACCGAUCUUUCCAGUCUUCUGACUAGAGGAAGUGGGAACCAAGAACAAGAGAGGCAGCUCAAGAAGCUCAUCUCUCUCCGGGACUGGAUGCUGGCUGUCUUGGCCUUCCCUGUUGGGGUUUUCGUGGUAGCGGUGUUCUGGAUCAUUUAUGCCUAUGACAGAGAGAUGAUUUACCCGAAGUUGCUUGAUAAUUUUAUCCCAGGGUGGCUGAAUCAUGGAAUGGAAACAAGAAGCAGGGCAAAGUUUUGCAUGAGGAAGAUGAUUUGAUUUACACAUUAGAGAGAUGGGAAAAGAAAGGGUGACCGAGCUGGAGGAACGGCAUAUGCAGAGACGGGAAAUACCACCGUAUGUUGGACAAGCUGUGUGGACAGUAAUCUGACUACAGAAAAGGUACGAGGAAUUUGGUGGCACUGGGAGGUCACCCAGGGCUGGGCCGGAAGCGCCCAGUGUUCUGGCCAAGGAGACGGAACUUGAUCCUAAUGGCUCUGGGGAGUGACUGAGGGGUUUUAGAGGGAAAGCGGAGUCAGACAAUUAUUUCCUUCUCCGGGGUUGAGGGAGAAGGACUGACAGGGACAGCGUGGAUUUAGGAGGGGAGGCAAGAGCCUGAGAGUGGAGCCUUAGCCAGUGCCCACUCGACAAGGAGGAAAAACUGAGAAGGUGCCAUGGCAGGCGUAGGGGAACAGCUCCGGGGGAAGGUGGAGAGGAACCAAGAGAGGAGAGCACUUCCGGGAUGUCGGAGCACUUCCGGGAUGUCGGAGCACUUCCGGGGCCCGCCCAGCCGCAUCCUGGGCCACAUGGAGGUCCGAUCAGACAAGGACAGCAGCGCGCAUGGUGCCGAGGGGUGGGGCCGUGAUCACAAGGGGACGAACAGGAGAGAAAAAAGAAGCCCACCUGAAAAGCAGAAGGCCAUUAAAAAAUCUCAUGGAUGUGGCAUUUCCUUAGGUGAGGGAAGAUGUAUUUCUUCAUCUUUCUCUUGAGCCAGAAAUAAGGGCAGAUCAAGGUGCAGCCUUUGAGGGAUGGAUAAUUCUUCCCUUUCUGGCCUCACCUCCUUGUGACCCUACAUUUUCUCCCUUUGGAAGAGGUGCUGUUUCUGACAUAUGCCCUCCACAGGGUCGGAUUUCCCAGCUACACCAUAAUGGCCUUUGGUGUUCUUGUUACCACUUAAUGUGCUGUCGUCUAGAAUGUUUUUCUAUAUUGAUCUGAACUUUAAUCUAUAUGUAGUAAGGAUAAAUCAUAGAAGAAUAUGCGGACCAUUGGUAAAAAGUUACUUGUUUUGUGCAUUUCUUGAGGGGUGGGGAAGGGAACCUUUACAAUGAUACUUCCUAUUUGUGAUGUCUAAAAAAUAAAAACAUUUGAUUAAUUGGAAGGCUGAGUGAUUUAGAUUAUAGGUGUUCAUUUAAAAUUUUCUGAAACCUGAUUUAGGUAUGUAAGAGCCUUCUGAAAUUUCUGUGGAUGUGCCCUUAGAAAUAAGCCAUUUGUUUUUGUGAGGAUUCAAAAAGAGAAAUGUGUUUUAGAAAAUAGAUGAAAUUGGACCUCACAUGGAGAAUUAGUUCGCUGAGUGAUGGAUGUCAUUUGAAGACAUUGAACUGUGGGCUCCCUGCUUUGACCGUUUCUCAAGAUGAAUGUGCGGGCAGGAACCGGGACAGCCAUUUCAGGCUGCUGUGAAGUCGGUAUUAGAAUGUGCUAAGCAUGCCCGUGACAUCCUUGGAGGUAUGAGAGUACAGAUGAGACACAAAUGCUUCUCAGUUCUCCCUCAUAAUUUCUCUAAUCUUUCUGCCAAUAAAAAAAGGAAAGAAAAGAAGAAACUUUUCAGGAGUAUAAAAUGUUAUUGAAUUUGCAGCCGUCGUCAUGGUUACCUGCAUACUUUCAUUGCUUUAUUAAUGUGUAAUCCCCUUUAUUUCUGGAAAUAU